GCACGGUUCGUUGAAUGCCAACUAUACAGAGGGGGGCUUUUCACGAUCCGAGUCAUGAGGAUAAGCUUACUGCACCGUUCCCUCCCUUGCUUUCGUACUGCUACUGAAUUAUAUGAGAUUCCACAAGAUUGAAUCUGUGCGUCACUGUUAUAAUACGCCGGCCAUUUCUCCUCCUGUUAAUUUUCCUUCACUCUCUCUCUCUCUCUAUCUUCCUUUCUCUCUGUCAUCUAGCUUUCGCAGUUUCUGGCUUUUUCCGCGCCCUGUUUUUUAGCACUUCUCUUCUGUGCAGUACAUGUGAUGUAGCCCGGUUUUACUGUACGCAUUUCUCUCUGAUGGGGAAGAAGGGAGGUACCUCCUGGUUGACCGCUGUGAAAAGGGCAUUUAGAUCUCCAACCAAAGACACUGACAAAAGGAACCAAGAAGAAGACGAAGACAAGAAAAGAGAAAAACGACGAUGGCUUUUCAGAAAAACAGCGAAUCAGGACGCUGCGGUGAGUAUUCAGCACACCCCAACAAAGGAGAACCUCGAUUCGGCUGCCACAACUGCUGGUCGUGCUCCUGUGCCGACGGUGAUGGCGACGGAUCAGAACAAUGCGCUUGCCGCGGCGGUAGCAAAGGCUGAAGCGGCCAUGGUCACCGCUCAGGCAGCAGCGGAAGCUGCUAGGUUUAAAAGGCCUUCGAAUCAAGCCAGGGAGCACUAUGCUGCUACGGUGAUUCAAACUGCUUUUAGAGGAUACCUUGCAAGGAGGGCACUUCGAGCGCUUAAAGGGUUGGUGAAAUUGCAAGCUUUGGUGAGGGGUCAUAAUGUUCGGAAGCAGGCAAAAAUGACCCUUCGGUGCAUGCAGGCUCUGGUUCGAGUGCAAGCCAGAGUGCUUGACCAGCGCUCGCGGUUCUCCCACGAGACCAGUAGUAGAAAAUCCACAUUCAGUGACACCAACAGCGUUUGGGAGUCGCGGUAUCUUCAGGAUAUUUCAGACAGGAGAUCAAUGUCAAAAGAAGGAAGCAGUAUUGCAGACGACUGGGAUGAACGCCCACACACAGUUGAGGAACUUAAAGCCAUGUUACAGCAGAGGAAAGAAGCAGCAGCUAUGAAGCGUGACAAGUCAUUGUCUCGAGCUUUCUCGCAACAGCUUUUGAGAAAUGGUUGGAACUCAUCGAUUGGAAAUGAAGAUGAACUGGAAGAGAGACCGAAAUGGCUGGACAGGUGGAUGGCUUCAAAGCCAUGGGAGACCAGAGGAAGAGCUUCGACUGAUCAAAGAGACACCAUUAAAACUGUAGAAAUUGACACUUCUCAGCCUUACUCAUAUCUGGGAUCUAACUACAGAAGAUCACAUCCAAAUUAUCAAUAUAACCCACACCAACCCCAGAGACAUUCAGUGGCUUCCCCACUCCACAGAAGCCACCCAAAUAGCUCUUUUCAUCAAUCUCCUGCAACCCCAUCUCCUGCAAAAUCACGGCCUAUCCAAGUCCGGUCUGCGAGCCCUCGAUGUGGUAGGGAAGAUAGAAGCUACCAUACAUCUCAAACCCCAAGUUUAAGGUCCAAUUACCAUUAUUCUGGAAGUCUGUACCAAAAUGGAAGGGUUGGAACGAGUAUCAGUGGCGGGGGUACGUUGCCUAAUUACAUGGCUGCAACUGAGUCUGCAAAGGCCCGAGUUCGGUCUCAGAGCGCUCCGAGGCAGAGGCCAUCUACGCCGGAGAGGGACAGGGCAGGAUCAAUAGCAAAGAAGAGGCUUUCAUUCCCCAAUGCUCCAGACCCUUAUGGUGUUGCAAUGGGUUAUGGAAAUUAUGGGCAUAAUUUAAGAAGUCCAAGCUUCAAAAGCGUGAGUGCUUCACACUUUGGGUUGGAGCAGCAAUCCAAUUAUUCUUCUUGCUACACCGAGAGUCUUGGUGGCGAGAUUUCUCCAUCUUCAACUGGUGAUCUUAGAAGGUGGUUGAGAUGAUUAGAAGCCAAACUCUGAUAACCAUUAACGAAGUGUGAGAGAUCUGCAGGUUCUUUGUCUUUGCCGGAAACUUGAUAUCUUUUUUAAGGGGCCAUCUUAAUAAAAGAUUUUGAUGCGAGAAUUAAUUUUCAUUGACCCGCUCACCCUAAAUUGAUUGGGGGUGGCCUGAACUAGAUGUAGGAGCUGCAAAGUUGCUAGGAGGCUGCUGAUAAUUAUUGAUGUGUGUUUAUCAUUCUUUUCAAUGAAUUCUAUGGAUUGUCCUGUGAAAAAUAAGCGUAAUCUCCAGUUUCUCAGAAAUUUUCCCUGUGCU